AUGUACGGGGCAGAAGAGGGAGAGAAGAAAACUCAUCUUCUAGCUUCUGGAGAAGCUGGAGAGGAAUUGUACGAGCAUAAAAUAGUCCUCGGCUCCCGCAUACAGAGCCCCCACGUGAAGGGAUACAAAGCAGCACGAAUCGGGGCACGGACGCCGGGAACCCGGUACCCGUUCCUUAAAGUCGGGCUGACCUUUCUAACGAGUUUCCCAUGUUACGAUGACAGAGAAAACGAUCUCUUUCUCUGCGACACCAAUACCUGUAAAUUUGAUGGGGAGUGUUUAAGGAUUGGAGACAGUGUGACUUGUGUCUGUCAGUUCAAGUGUAACAAUGACUACGUGCCCGUGUGCGGCUCCAAUGGGGACACCUACCAGAAUGAAUGCUACUUGAAACAGGCUGCCUGCAAGCAGCAGAGCGAAAUACUCCUGGUGUCCGAAGGAUCGUGUGCAACUGAUGCUGGCUCAGGAUCUGGGGAUGGAGUCAAUGAAGGCUCAGGUGAAACCAAUCAAAAAGAGACAUCGACCUGUGACAUUUGCCAGUUUGGGGCAGAGUGUGACGAAGAUGCAGAGGAUGUUUGGUGUGUGUGCAACAUUGACUGUUCUCAAACCAACUUCAAUCCUCUUUGUGCUUCCGAUGGGAAAUCUUAUGAUAAUGCAUGUCAAAUCAAAGAGGCAUCAUGCCAGAAACAGGAGAAAAUUGAAGUCAUGUCUUUGGGUCGAUGUCAAGAUAAUACCACAACAACUACAAAAUCAGAAGAUGGGCAUUACGCAAGAACAGAUUAUGCAGAGAAUGCAAAUAAACUGGAAGAAAGUGCAAGAGGGAUCUACAUCCCUUGUCCAGAGCAUUACAAUGGCUUCUGCAUGCACGGCAAGUGUGAGCACUCCACUAACAUGCUGGAACCGUCUUGCAGAUGUGAUGCCGGCUAUACUGGACAACACUGUGAAAAAAAGGACUACAGCGUUUUAUAUGUGGUUCCAGGUCCAGUACGAUUUCAGUAUGUCUUAAUAGCAGCUGUGAUUGGAACCAUCCAGAUUGCUAUCAUCUGUGUUGUAGUCCUCUGUAUUACAAGGAAAUGUCCCAGGAGCAACAGAAUCCACAGACAGAAGCAAAACACAGGGCACUACAGUUCAGACAACACAACAAGAGCAUCGACAAGUUCUAGUGGCAAUUUUGAGUCUACUGAACUCAGUAGUAGGGUUUUGAGUUGGUCCAAGAUCAGCGACAAUUAUGGAUGUGGGAAAGGUGAAGAAUAA